GUGUUUUACGCAGUCCAAAACAUGCUAUUUGUAGAGUAAUACAGAAGGCGUAAGCAAGUUAUUACUCUUUCGUUAGAUAGACGACAUUGUGAAUUUGACCACAUGGGCUUCGAAGACACCGUUUGAUAUCUGGAAAACUCUUAAAAUCGCAAGUUUCCAUGACAAAACAGACACAAGUCCCCAUAACUCCACCUGUACUAUUGAAGUUGGGGGUAAGUUUAAACACCAGAAACGGACACAGAGCAACUUUGUUCAUGUUUCUGUGAACAUCGAACUGUUUACUUUAACGGAGGACUUGUUGAUGCACCCAAAAGUGGUUUCAUUCUUUACAUAUUUUGCCAUAAACCGAGAGCAGAAAACACAAGCGAUUUGCUAGUACAGUCAAAGAGUCGGAGAGCUGGCUUAGUUGAAUCUCUACGGCUCUCAUGUCGAUUUUAAGUCCUGCCCACUGGCUCAUCCAGUCACUCACUGAGAAGAGAAACUCUGUUAGAGAAACGCAACGAGAAUGGCAGACGCUGCUCCAGCCCCCGCUGCCGCACCGGCAAAGGCACCCAAGAAGAAGGCACCCAGGCCCAAGAAGACUGGACCAAGUGUCGGCGAGUUGAUUGUGAAAGCAAUCGCUGCCUCCAAGGAGAAGAAGGGAGUGUCCCUUGCCGCUCUGAAGAAGGCGCUCGCAGCUGGCGGAUACGAUGUGGAGAAGAACAAGGCACGUGUCAAAGUGGCAGUCAGAGGACUGGUCACUAAAGGCACCCUUGUCCAGACUAAAGGAGUCGGUGCGUCCGGAUCCUUCAAGUUAGCCAAGAAGGCGGCCGAGCCCAAGAAGAAGGCAGUCAAGAAGCCAGCGGCCAAAAAGCCAGCUGCCAAGAAGCCCGCCGCAGCAAAGAAGCCCAAGAAGGCAGCAGCCAAAAAGCCAGCCGCCGCCAAGAAGUCCCCGAAGAAGGCUAAGAAGCCCGCAGCCCCCAAGAAGGCUACAAAGAGCCCCAAGAAGGCAAAGAAGCCCGCGGCUCCCAAGAAGGCAGCAAAGAGCCCGAAGAAGGCUAAGGCAGCCAAGCCCAAGGCAGCUAAACCUAAAGCAGCCAAGCCCAAGAAGGCAGCCCCUAAGAAGAAGUAAAUUCAUUUUAGGCUGCUGUUUCUCAAACAAAAGGCUCUUCUAAGAGCCACCCAAUUUCCUCAUUAAUUGCACACUUUCCAAUGAAAUGCACGCAUCAGCACUGUCUCAGAGUUUGACAUGACUGAACUAGCGGUCUCCUGCCAAGCAUGAUUUGCGCCAUUUUUCACAACCAACCUCGUUCAUUGUUUGCAAAAUCACCGAGGCCCCACUCACGGCCCUGCCGCCGCUAUUGCCAUGACGAUACAAAGGCUGAACCCAGCCAAACUCUGCCAGUAAAUGGUUAGUUAUGAACAUGCACACACAUCUGUACAAGAUACAUAUGUACACAUGACAAGCUGUUUAGGAACUAAUUGCCCAUAUUUGUUGGAGGCUUUAGAAAGACGCGCAAUGGACGCCUGACUCCAGCUGUUUGUUCCUAAUGGGAUAGGCAACAAGUUGUAUAGGCCUACAGUAGAAGUGCUUACAUGUGUAAUAACAACACUAGUAGUAUGACAUUACAAAGGUUCUAUUGGUGCAUUCCCCAGGGUUGGGAGAUGGGAUGUUUCUGACCUCCUACUUGCUGAAAUGCAUUGGAACGCCUGUUGAAGCGGAAUGUUCAAGUCGCGAGCUGGGGCAAAAGCGAAGCAAACCGACUUCGCCCCAUUGACUGUCGUGAUGUCAUCACAGCAAUGGCAGCGCACGGUGUUAGGAAUAGUUUCACCAUUCUAUGGUCAAAUAAAGUUGAUUUGGACAGGUUAACGGUUGCAAAACAGCCUGUUAACUUUUCUAAGGUGUAGUUAUAUUGACAUUGUGUAUUUCAAAGAUGAAAUGCGGCUAAAUGAAAAUAACACAUGAUGUUGUUUACAUUGCUGACAUCUUUGAGAAAUGGAUAUGUAGUUUUUGUCCCUCCAUGUUUGUAGUUUGUUUGACUUGCUGGUUGGAACGCUUUCAAGUGGGAGGUAGCUGCCUUCUUGUUGCCUACUAGGAAGCUCCUACCUCUGGGGAAUGCACCAUAUGUUAUAGGGUCGCAAUUACAUAUGUAAGAGUACUUCUACUGCUACUUUAUUAAAUACACACCUCCGAGAACAGCGCACAUAACAAAGCGCACGG